AUGUUGCUGGACAACGACACAUUCCUCACAUCCCUUCACAAGCUUUUCAAUCAAUCAAAGUCUAGCGGAUCACUGUAUAUUACAAUGAAAAGAUAUGAUGGACGAGUUAAACCUAUUCCCAAGCGGGUUCAAAAAGUAAAGGAUGUUCAUGUAACUAGCGAAAAUAGCUGUCUUCUUCGAGCUACACUUGGAAACCAGAAAAUUAGUACUGUGGUUCACCAGAAGGACAUGAAUAGAUUCAAUCAAGCUUAUUCCAAUCUCCUGAAAGCUAAUAUUGAUGGUUUGAAAAAACGUGAUAAACGUGUAAAGUCGACAAAUAUAUCAAGUAAACUCAAUCGACCCAAGACAGAAAAAGGCUAA